AUGCCUGGGUCGUGGGGUCACAGUCUGCCAUCGCCUGGGAAGCUGGCGAUUGCUCUGCUUACCGUACUCGUCAGCAAUCCGGUGCCAGUUGCCCUGGGACUGAAGACGACCGGAGGAUCACCAUGCGCCAGUGUCUGCAAUAAAGUAUCCACCAACACGACCGCUUCGGAGGUUGUCUGUCUGGACAAUCACUAUGACGAUACCAAGGGGAAGACCUUUGAAGACUGCAUCAGCUGUCAGUUGAAGAGUACCUAUGUAGAUCGGUCGAGUGGCGAGACGGAUGUAAACUGGGGUCUCUAUAACCUGCGCUAUGCGUUUACAAGUUGUGUUUUCGGAUACCCGGAGUCGGCGGCGAAUAUCUCCACCCCGUGCACUGUUGGCUGUGCCAGCAUUCAAAGUGCCGUAGAAGUCGAUAUUGUCGACCCCGGUGCGAACAACUUUAAUGACUGGUGCUCGGCAACUGGCUUUGCCGAUAAUGUCAUUAAUGAUUGCGAGUUCUGCUACAACCUGACCUACCAGCAGGUGAAUCCGCAAGUGUAUAUGGCGAACUUCCUCGAAUCCAUCCGGUAUAAUUGUCACUACAGAGCCACAGUCGGCCUUGCCUUUGACAUCGCUCCAUCCCGAAUCUUCACAGAAACCCUCCUCCCGUCGAGCAUGUCCCUCUCCACCUCGACUUCAUCCAGCGGCUCGGGCAUAAAUCUGGGCCUUGUAAUCGCCCUGCCCAUCGUGGGCUUCAUCAUCAUCCUCUGCAGUCUGGGCGUCUGCUGCUUCUGCUUCAUCCGCUGGCGACGCAAGAGCGUCGGUCGGGGUCGGUACCAAGAUCAUCUGUAUGCCCGCUGGCACGAUACCUCCAUCAGCACGCCCCAGCAGGUCCAGGGUGGCUGGGGCUCCCCGCAACAGAUGCACGCCGCUGGAUACGGCACGUAUGACCCCGGGUAUGGCCCCGGUUUUGGCUUUACCGACAACGAUGGUCAGAGCCAUGCGGUUGGGUAUGGACAUGAUUAUUCAAAGACUCAGUAUUCGUAUGAGCUCACCGAGACGUCGCCGUCCAAUUACCAUGCCACGCCGCAGAUGGGCGGGCUUGGCUUUGAGUUGGAUCGCAAAGAUCCGUACUCGGAUCAGAUCACGCAGUCACCGCCGCCACCGGCACCGUAUGUCUCCCCGCAUAUGGGAUAUGGUGGCUUUGAACCGGAUAAGAAGCACCCUCUGUGA